CUGCUGAGGCUAAAUCCUCCAGCAAAGCUAGCAGGUAAAGGAAGGUAUCACAGCUUUGCUGCUUCUUGCACAAUUUCAGUCCAUUUUUGUUGGACAGUUUCUGCUGGACAAAGUUUCCUCAUCUAAAUUCAUCUUUAUUCAGAAAAUAGCUCGAUGGCUUCUGCUGUGUUGUUGGUGGGAUUAGUGGAAGUGGCCAAACUUUGGGUUGUGAAGGUGUGGGUGUGGUGCUGGAGGGACAGCGCCCUCCGCGCCCGGACUGGGUGUGGCUUUCAGGAACUCUCCAAGGUCCUGACCGGAUCCAAUUCAGGUUCUGAUCGGUCCAAUCGGCUCGUUUGGAAGAAACCCGAUCUGAACCGGCUACAGGUAAUUCCUCAUCGGUGUGAACAGAGAGAGGAAAACUCCUCCCUGGUCGGUUUAUCUGACAAAGCCGCGCUGUGGUCUCCCCACCUUACGAUGCGGGUUCGUUUGGACGGAUGAGUAAGCAGUUCGGGAUUGUUGCAGAGUGCGACCACCUGCGCUCCGGAACCGGCUCAAGGCGGCGGCUGUCCAGCUGGAGACAGGCAGCACUGAAGGAGGAGGAGAAGAAGACAAAUAAAAAGAAAAGGAGCGGCUCUGAGCGUCUGUGCAGGCAGGAAAAAAACAAAUAAAAAAAGAUGUCAACCGCUGGGGAAGUGCCACCUUUUUUCCACAGCGUGGGUUCCGACAGCCCCAACAGGCCCAGGCAGAAAUUCUGCGGCGUGUUCUGCCCGGUGGAGGGCUCCUCCGAGGCGAAGACGCUGGACUUUGACGCGCUGUCGGCGUGCAGAGGACGGAGCGCCGCCGGCGGCAGAGUCAUCGACCGGCAGAGCGACAUCUCCCAGCCCAGGAAGGUGGAGAUCCGGGAAAGCACCGGCAAGGAGGCGCUCCAGAACCUGGACGACAGGCGGAGUGACCGUCUCUUGAUCAAAGGAGCGAAGAUCGCAAAUGAUGACCAGUCGUUCUGUGCUGACGUCUACAUGGAGGAUGGCGUCAUUAAACAAAUCGGAGAGAACCUCAUCGUUCCCGGCGGGGUGAAGACCAUCGACGCCCACGGUCGCAUGCUGAUGCCCGGCGGCAUCGACGUGCACACGCGCUUCCAGAUGCCCGACCGGGGCAUGACGGCGGCUGAUGACUUCUACCAGGGAACCAAGGCGGCGCUGGCCGGCGGUACCACGAUGAUCAUUGACCAUGUAGUUCCCGAGCCCGGCGUCAGCCUCAUGUCCGCCUUUGAGCAGUGGCGCGAAUGGGCUGACGGCAAGUCCUGCUGCGACUACUCGCUGCACGUCGACAUCACCGAGUGGCACAAGGGGAUCCAGGAGGAGAUGGAGACGCUGGUGAAGGAUCACGGUGUCAACUCUUUCCUGGUCUACUUGGCGUAUAAAGAUAUUUUCCAGCUUACUGAUGCUCAGGUGUACGAGGUGUUCAGCGUGAUCCGCGAUCUGGGAGCCAUUGCCCAGGUUCACGCCGAGAACGGGGACAUCGUUGCUGAGGAGCAGAGGCGGAUCUUGGAGCAGGGGAUCACCGGACCUGAAGGACACGUGUUGAGCCAUCCAGAGGAGGUGGAAGCGGAAGCUGUGAACCGCGCGGUGACGGUGGCCAAUCAGACGAACUGCCCGCUGUACGUUACCAAGGUGAUGAGCAAGAGCGCUGCUGAUGUCAUCGCUCAGGCUAGGAAGAAGGGCACUGUGGUCUAUGGAGAGCCGAUCACGGCCAGUCUGGGGACGGACGGGUCGCACUACUGGAGUAAGAACUGGGCCAAGGCUGCGGCUUAUGUCACGUCCCCUCCGCUGAGUCCUGACCCGGCCACUCCGGACUAUCUCAACUCCCUGCUGUCCUGUGGCGACCUGCAGGUGACAGGAAGUGCACACUGUCCCUUUAACACAGCCCAGCGCGCUGUGGGGAAAGAUGACUUCACCUUGAUUCCUGAGGGUGUCAAUGGCACAGAAGAGAGGAUGUCAAUCAUCUGGGACAAAUGUGUGGUGACUGGUAAGAUGGAUGAAAACCAGUUUGUAGCCGUCACCAGCACCAACGCAGCCAAGAUUUUCAACCUGUACCCCCGCAAGGGCCGCAUCGCAGUGGGUUCGGACGCGGACCUGGUGCUCUGGGACCCGGACGUCACGAAGAUCAUCUCUGCCAAGAGCCACAACUCCACCGUAGAGUACAACAUCUUUGAAGGCCUGGAGGUGCGCGGUGGGCCUCUGGUGGUCAUCAGUCAGGGAAAGAUUGUUUUGGAGGAGGGGACUCUCCACGCCACUGAGGGCUCAGGACGCUUCGUGGCCCGUAAACCUUUCCCUGACUACGUCUACAAGAGGAUAAAGGCUCGCAGCAGGCUGGCUGAGCUGAGGGGUGUGCCUAGAGGACUGUACGACGGACCGGUGUGCGAGGUAUCCGUCACUCCUAAAACUAUGACCCCCGUUUCUUCUGCAAAGACCUCACCUGCCAAACAACCCAACCAGCCUGUCCGCAACCUGCACCAGUCUGGCUUCAGCCUGUCCGGUGCUCAGAUUGACGACAACGUUCCACGCAGGAACACCCAGCGCAUUGUGGCGCCCCCGGGUGGCAGGGCCAACAUCACCAGCCUGGGUUAAAGCUCCGCCUCACAAACCCUGACCCUUAACCCUGCCUAGGAGGAAAUUUGUCAAAGGAUAGCAUUCAGCCGGUGAGAUCAAGUCGAGAGGAGCCGAACCUUUCACUGCGCCUCACCGUAGAUCCCGGCACUUCCUCCUAUGCAGUUUUUCUCACCUACCAACUUUCCUGUUUCCCCAGCCUCUAUUGGACGCAGUUAGAAAUAAAUAGAAAACAAACAUAAAGGAAGAAAGAGAAAAAAAUAACACUGCUUUUUGAGCACUUUUGACUGCAUCGUUUUGGUUUUUUUAUAUAUAUAUUGUUCUUACUUUAUUCCAUUUGUCCUUUUUAUUUUUUGCUUUGCAGUUUUUGUCGGGGGUUCAGGUGAGUCAGUUAGGACAAAAAAGGCUGUUUAUGCAAGAUGCUGUAUUUCUGUUCAUUUCUUUUACUUUUUGUUUUGGUUGUAGCUGAAUUGAAGAAUGGGUAACAAAUUGAUCAGUCUUAAAGGUGUUGCAGCAGUAAGGUCAAGAAUCUCAAAUUCCGUUGAUAAUUUACAAUGAAUGCUGCCUUAAGAGUUGAAAUAAUGAAAGAGAUUUUUUAAAUCUUGUUUUUAGUUUGUUUUGCAGUGUAUCUGUGGCAUGUGAUGGUUGGAAAACCGUCACGUUUCAUUUCUGUUUUCGGUCAUAACUGCAUUGCAGAAUUGGUGGUUGAGAAGUUUUAUUUUGUCAGACUUAGCCCUUCCAUGCCUUAUUGUCUCUUUACAUCCUCGAUCUGUCCCGCCUGGGAAGUGACUGAUUUUCCACUUUGUUUGCAUUCCUGAGUUACAAAGGUCCAAAUUUCACAGCGGAAGCUGCGAAAAGCUGCGAAAUUCCCAGCCGUCCUCCACCAACCAACCAACUGCUGCUUUAGCAUACAGACUGUUUUCUACUCAUCGAAAUCUCUCCUUCAUUUCCACUUUUUAUGUGCCUGAACAAACAGAAGUUGUACUGAUAUUUUGAUUUUGUUCUUUUUUUUAAAAUUUGUUGUUGAAGUAAGUGAAGGAUGUAAGAUAAAAAGAUGUAAAAUAGCCAGGAUUAACCGAUUCAAAGGUGCCAGAUUUUUGUGCUUUCGUAGGGGCUUUUCAGCUCGAUUGAGCCCUACGCAAAGGAAAAACGAGAUUGAUAUCUUGAAAUGUUCUAAUGUUUUAGAGUUUUUACCUUGUUGUCAAACUGCUUUUUAGUGUUAUUCUGUAACUAGGUGCCUAAGGGCUGAGCACUAUUGAUUUACGCUUGAACAUAGACAUGAGCUAACGUAGUUCUGACUGAUAUUUAGUGUUGAUGCGGAUGAGGGAUGGGACACCAACAGGAGGCGCCUGCAAAAAAAGAGUUAAUUUUUCACCAAAUAUUUAGCUUCAGCUAAAUAUUUGCUACAUUAGCAUGAUGGCAACUAAUGGUACGCGGAUGGUAAUAUCCGCUAGAGUGAAUACCAGCAUGCUAUUGUUAGCAUUCAUGCUAAUUAUGGGCCAUGAA